UAAAAUGGAUUUGCGGUAAUCUUCUGCUAUAUGUGAACUUACAGUGUUAGUGAGAACAUCUCUGCAUUAACAAAAUUAUAAGUGUUUCUCGAUCUUCCAUUGUAAGAGAUCGGAUGGGAAUAAUGGCGAUAGGACGGAUAAUCAUUUUAUCCGCGUUAAUUGCCCAACAAGCAAUAUCAGCGCCAACCAGUGGCUGUAUAGAAACAUGCAACUUCCUCGAAACAAGCAUUCAGCAAACGUCGGGUGGUUUUCAAGAUCAUGCGAAUUUCGUUCAAGGAAGAACGCAAUUAAAUGAGCAUGAUUACACCAGACCAGGAAACUGGACUGAACGUAAUCAAUAUAACACAGACGGUGGGCAUGGCAAGGUUCACGAAGAACGAGGGCAAUACGUAGAAGGAGCGAAAAGAGUCAGGGAUUUCAAGAAGAAUUUUACCUCGUCCUAUGGUACGGGUAAUUUAAACGGAAUAGACACAGCAGAAUUAGGCGAAUUGAGUGGCCAACGCAGAUAUGAGUCGCUACACGUGCCGACAAACCAGCAUAUCGAUCAAAGCGCAUACGGUCUAGGACAAACAGUCACAAAGGAGACCGGAUACAAUAGGAUGCACAGCCAACAGUCGCAAUCAUUGUCAGCAAGAAUUGACAGCAAGAGCGAGAGGCUGGAAGAUUUUGGGGAAUACGAUACGCAGCAUCAUGUCGAAGCAGCUCCCGGGAACAAUUGGAACAGAGUGGACUCUUACAGGACCGACGGAGGUCGUGGACACGUCUUCGAGGAGGAAGGUCAAUAUGUAACCGGGCCUAAGAAGGUUCGCUAUUACAAAAAAAACUACACCUCCAGCUACAGCUCCAGCAUUCCUCAAAGCAGCGUUCCUCAAAGCAGCGUUGGCUCGGCGACGUUGGACGAACUACACAGCGAACUGCAGAAAGAUCUCGACAGCAUCAGAAAGAAUUUACACCAAGUCUCUAGCACCGGACACACUGCCGCUACCACACACGUAGGUUCGACUCAGGUGGGCUUGACUCAGGAUACAGCUGGUUUCCAUGAUCUGCAGACCGCCGAGAGCGACGGUUACAGGCAACAUUCGGGCUAUCAUGGCGUUCCGUCCACCGGAAGUGUACGUCACUAUACCGAUCAGCAGCAGAGAGAAACGCUCACCGAUGUUAGGCAGCAUGUGCCCUCGUACACGUAUCCUACCGCGGCCGCAAAUACAUAUGGCACGGAAAGUCAUAGAACUUAUCAGAGCCAAGAAACCCACACGUCCCAAGUACACCCGGUGCCUCAGUCAAGUCACUUAUCUCCCGGUUACGUGCAGGUUCCUAGAGGCAGUUACCAGACGAACUAUCACAAUGUGCAUUCGAGUGGACAUCAUCUGGACGAGACGGAGGCGCGCGCGCAAACGCUUAGGAUUCAGAAUCAGGUGCUCGCCGAGCCCUCGCAGCACAACCCGCAUUUAAGUCACGUCACUUAUCCCAGCAGACAAGGUGAAACGAGGCGCUACGAGGAGCACUGGAGAUCCUCCAGUCACACCGGAGGCAGUGUAGUUCCUGAGCGGACUACCAUGGGCGUUGCGGAUUAUUCCGGGCAUGGUGCUGGUACUGUUGGUCAUGCAGAAAGAGCGCAUUACGAUCGGGACGCGUACAACGAGCAUCGUGGACGUUAUAAUACCGCUCAUCAGGGAUACGAGUCCCGUGCGCGUACUAGUGGUAGCAGUUAUGACUCUGCAUACAGAGAGAGCUCAGGGCAACUCGUUACCGGAUCGCUGGACUUGGGCCACGCGGCGCACGGCGCCGAUUGCACCGAGGAGACUCACCAGCAUUAUCAACAUGAAACCAAAUACCACAGAAAAUACAAAAGAGACGCUCAUCACGGUGACGUGCAGCAACAUCAAGCAAUCGACAACGAGGAUUUCACGCAGCAAAAUCAAGAGUUCGGUCAAGAGACGCAACAACUGGAAGACUUGACACAGCAAAGUGAACAAACGAAUGGUAAGCUUGAGUUCGGCCAGCAAAUCGUUGAUAAUCAGCAUUUUGAUGAUUUAGCGCAGCAAAGUGAACAACACACGCAACAAACGGAGGGUCAGUUUGAAUUUGGCCAGCAAACUGUCGAUAAUCCGCACUUGGAGGACUUAACGCAGCAAAGUGAACAAUUCACGCAGCAGACGCAGGGUCAGCUGGAAUUUGGUCAGCAAACUGUCGAUAAUCCGCAUUUAGAAGAUUUAUCGCAGCAGAAUGAACAGUUUACACAACAGACACAAGGACUUGAUCAUCUCACACAACAAAUGAGUGACAAAUUGGAAUUCGGUCAACAAACCGUCGAUGGCCAGCAUUUGGAUGAUUUAACGCAGCAAAGUGAACAAUUCACGCAGCAGACGCAGGGUCAGCUGGAAUUUGGCCAACAAACCAUUGAUAAUCAGCAUAUAGACAAUUUAAUGCAGCAGACACAAGGAUCUGAUGAUUUUACACAACAGACAAGCGGUAAACUUGAAUUUGGGCAACAAAUUGAUGAUUCUCAACAAUUAGAGAAAUCUGCACAGCGAACAAUAUCGGAUAAUUUAACGCAACAAACUCAAUUAGGUAAACGUGAAUUGGGACAGCAAACUGUUGGUAAUGAACAUUUAGACGAUUUAACACAACAGAGCGAACAGUUUACACAGCAGACAGUAGGUCAACUUCCGAAAAGUCAACGUCUAGAAGAAUUCAAUGAGCAAAGUGAAGAUUUCACUCAACAGACGGGAAGAUUUAAUGAUUUUACGCAACAAACAAUGGGACACCUAGAAUUUGGACGACUGCAACAACCGCACAGAUUUAGUGAACCCAAUGUUGGUAAUCAUCAUUUGGAAGAUUUCACUCAGCAGAAUGAAGACCUAACUCAACAUGUUGGAAGAUUCGAUGAUUUCUCGCAACAAACAGCAGGACAUUUUGAAUAUGGACAACAAAGUGAACAACAGCAAAAACCUAGAUGGCCGGGACAUUAUACUCAGCAUAUGGAACAUUCACAACAAAAUGAGUGGGAUACGGACAGUCAUUCGCAACAAUCGCGUCAAUAUCCAUCCUACGAUAAUAAAAAUAUCGAACAAUCCGAAUGGCAAUUAGAACAAAUGUCGCAAAAAACAAAUUUUGAUCGAGAUUUUACUCAACGAACCGAUCAAGAUCAAUUAGCAACCAAUGCAAAGCCAGCACCAAAGCCAAAACCAAGACCGCGAUAUCAGAAACAUGAUUUCAUUACACCACGUACAGAUGGAACAGACACAAUUGUCGACGACGUUUUUAAACCAGUUGAGGUAAACCCAGAGCCUGAUAUAGACAACUCCCACGGAAGAAUUAUCGUAUCUGGCAGUCGCGCAACAUAUCCUGGAUCCGAUCAGCAUACAUCGAAAGUUUCGUAUUCGACUCAAGGAAGCAACGUAUUUGAUAAUCAAGGAGAAACCAUAGAUCGUACACAUUCGGUACAUAAAUCAAAUGAUGCUACAAUAGGUUUGCAAUGGCAUUACACUUACCAUCCAAGUGACUUAACUAACGUCGAAGGCUCACCUGACAAUUAUUAUUCUCGCCAUGAUGUCAACUCGAUGUCGCAGCAAACAGAAGAUAUCCAACGGUCCAGGCCAUUUGAUUUUAAUCAACAAGCACAAAACGAGGAUAUAUUAGAGAAUAGUCACCAAAAUUCAUACGCUCCUCAAUCAUCGCAACAUGACAAAUAUGAUCAACAGUCAGGAUCGUUUCAACAAACUGAAACGUUUUCCCGCUUUGACAAUCAAGAUUCUGAUCGAAUCGCAUCAAGAGUAAUUCCGUUGCAACGUCACGAAAAUGCCCAUCUGACUGCAGAACAAGAGACGCCAACUACAGAACAAACGGAAGAUAACCCAGAGUCACGAAUCUUACAAGCGUACGGAGGGUCAUAUGAUGCGUCGCGUAAUGAUGAUUUUUAUACUAGAAUUAAACCGAAUCCCAGUGCUACUCUGCCACCUAUGGAUGGUGAUGAUCCAUGGGAUAUCAGAGAAAAACCAAGGGGAACAGUAAUACCACGGAUCUGGUCCACAGUGCGCAAUACACCAGAAAUUGUAACUACAACAGAAAUUACACCAACAGCAGAGACGACAACUCAGCCAUCCUUCUGGAGCAGAGUUGGGCAUAAAAUAACCAACACUUACGAUAAAGCUAAGGAAAAAGCUAAGGAGAUUUUCGGCUAGAUAUCAUAUGCUACUUAUUUAAGGAGUUACUUAUUUAUGCACGAUAAAUUUUCUUUCACACUUUAAAUUGGGAUAUCUAGCAACAUGUAUUGAAUUAUUACAUUUAUUUAUAAAUAAUGUAUCCGUAUUUGCAAUUAAAUAUAACCGAUAAAAUCAAGACAAAUUAAAAAUGAAACUCAUAAACAUAUAUGAUAUAUCAUGAAUUCACAACUUUAAGAAAUAUUCUGAAUUAGUAUUAUAAAACUUUACCAUUGUAAAACUAUGAAUUUCCAUUUUUUAUAUAAAUAAAAAUGUAUAUUUUCUUUUCUAAUAGAAAUGUUGUGUCUAUUUUUGUGUACACAUAUAGAAAAAUUGUCACUGCAUUUACAUCUUUACAUAAAUGUUUAUUUACAUAAUAUCAAUUGUUUUCAUAAAAUAUUACUAUUUCAUUAAUGGUUCAAAAUAUAAAUAAAAGUAAAGUCUGCUGGAAUUGGACAAAUAAUUACUUCCAUUUUCCUUAACUUUUAUUCUUAAUAAAGAUAUCGAUAAUAAAUUAAACUACUAACAAAACAUUUUUAAUAAAAUGAAAUAUUUAAUGUAAUCUUGAAGAAUCAGCUGUCUUUUAUAACCAUUUUUCAGAAGAUUAAAAAAAUAUUUAAUAUAAAUUCUGAUAAUCAUCUUUAUAUCAUUGAUUUUUAUUUAAAAUAUAAAAUACCUACUUUAUUUCUUAGAUCUAUUAUAGAUUAAUAGAAUCACAUCAAAUAUUGACUUGUAAAAAUGAUGUUUACAAAUCCA